CGUCGUCGCCGUCGCCGUCGCCGUCGCCGUUGCCGUUGUCGUUGUUGACUGCCAUUAUUUUAGGCUAUUCCGUGGUCGUUGUUGUUGUUGCCGUUGUUGCUGUUGUUGUUACUGCUGCUGCUGCUACUUUGCGUUGCACGUUGCUCGCCCCAUAGCCGCGCCCCCUUGUCGACCAGUUCGCAAACGUGCCGCGAACGCGUGUGUCUCCUAGCCCAGCCUGGCCUAGCCUAUCUCUCUGCUCGCCCAUGUAUGUGAAUGUGUGUGUGCGUGUGUGUUGAAGGCAGCAGCAUGGCCCGCAAAGACAGCGCAAAAAAACGUUGCAUACUGGCGGACGCACCGAAUAAUGAUUUUUGCGUGUGUCGAAAUGAAAUGCGGAAUGCUAAUUGAAAAUCAGCUGGAAAAUCCCGAAUUUGAAUUCAUUAAAAAGUGACGAAGUGACUGAAACAGAAACAGAAACAGCACGAGGCGGAAAAAGGAAAAGAAACAGAAAAGAAUCGAACUGGAGAGCAAAAAUAUGAAGGCAGCCAAAACGAAAUCGACGCUAAAAUACAAAUCUGACAUUGGCAGGAGCACGCAGCACACGCACACAUACACACGCUCGCACACACACACUGACACUCACGCUCACACACACAUGCAGAGGCGACAACAGCCUGCGUCCUAUGCCCAACAUUUUGGCCGAUGAAUGAACUGACAUAAAACUUGACGAGCAUAAUACACACUCACACUCACACUCAUACAUACACACACACACACACACACUCGCGCAACAUUUAAAAGCAUAUAAAAAGGCAAUUUUCGUAGAUUUUUGCGUGCCCUUGUCAAAGUAAGAGAAAUCGAAAUAGAAACUUCCUAGUUGAAACGUGCCGCGCAUUUGCCACAUGAAAAAGCAGCAGCAGCUGCAAAUCAAAUAAAAUAUAACAAAUAAAAUACAAUACAAAAAUCCAAUCCAGCAAAAAAAAAAAACACCAAACAAAGGCGCAGGCAACGGCCACGCAUAGGACUAAUAAAGCAAACGUUUGAGCAGAGGCGAGCCAGUCGUGGACGCGAUAGAACGGCGCCGCAGGCAUCAAAUUUUGUACGCCCAGGCCACGCAACGGUGAUGUGGGACACAUCCCGCAACGGGCAAUGCAACAACCCCAACGUUAUAUACCGUCUGUAUCUGAUCUAUAUGGCACGGACGAGAUAGAACUGCUGCUGGACGAGAUACGUGAGCUGGAGCUGGAGCCGGUCUGCUGUCAGCUGGACGAUGAGCAGGACUUUGAAAUAGCUGGCAGCAGAGCCGGCGAGCUCUCGCUCUCACUCGAAUCGCCGCUGGGCACGUGCACCUCCUGGGACUCGCACGCCAACUACAAACAGCAACAACAAACGCCGCUGCCAUGGGGCGUCGCCCUACACUGUGAUCCGCAACACUUGAAAACGCCUACAGGGAUUGUGCGCAUACUACUGGUGUUAUCCUCGGCCGUCUGCCUUGCCUGCGAGUGCUCCGCGGGCACCGUACAGGUGGGCCUCUUUCUACUGCCACUCAUCGGGCGCCUCAGGCUGAUGGUCUUCUGUGCGCUCUUCUCGCUACUCAUCACAUGCCUCAUGAUCUUUCUCGAUAUAUCGCACAUAGCGCUAAUGUUCCCAUUCAACUGGACGAAGGUGAACACGUGGAUGUACCUGAGCAUUGGUUUAAUAUUUAUUUUGAGCUCCACUCUGCUCGUCCACAUGGUGCUCUAUGCGACCGAGUACACCUGGGUAUCCAAGCACUCCAAGGACACGUUACUAGCCACAGGCCUAAUUGGCUACAUUUGCGCCUUGGAGGCGCUCCUCUUGUCGGGCAUCGCCUCCUGGCCCUGGUCGCAGUAUCGCCAGGUGCCCGACGAUGCCAGCGAACUAUUUAUCGAAGAUCGCGAAAUGACGCCGAUGAGCCCCAUCAACAGCACCGAUCUCCAGCUACAGCCAGACACUGGCCACAAUCUGACGCCCUAUCAGCACAGCAGCCAGACCAAUGGCAAUGCAACGGCGCCCGAUGCAUACAACCAACAACAACAACAAUCGUCCUAUAAUCAAAAGCCUUAUAUACCUGCCAAACGACCCAAUGAGCUUAAUCAGCGUCCGACAUUGGGUCACACACAAACCGCACGGAUAAAACCGAAUCAGCGUUAUCGCGAGGGCUAUCACUACCAGCCGGUUGCCACGUCCACGUCCCGCCAGAGUCCCACGUUCGUUGUGGGAGAUGAUCUGGGUGCCGGUCCAUCCACAUCCCGUUCCAAUGAUAAUUCUAGUGCGUGAUAGUUUUUAUUCCUCAACGACAAGAGCAACAACAAAUUUAUAUAACAAACACUUUGUCCACAACAAUAAUGUUGAGGUUGCAUUUUGGUCAAUGUAAAACAAACAAAACAAAAGA